AUGGGAUUCAUGCUACCGUCACGAGAUACCCCGGCUGACAAGGUUCGCGCGCUGAUGGCGCGUAAGGAGAACAUAGAGGCCGAGAUGGACGCACAGGUCUCUAUCCUCAAGGCCAAUUCUUCUACGCUCAAUUCUCCUCUGGUAGACGCGGAGGGAUUUCCACGCGCCGACAUCGAUGUCUGGGCUGUUCGCCAUGCGCGCGUCCGGAUAAUUGAGCUGCGUAAUGACUUGGAUGCGCUCAGGGACACGAUUAUGCUAGCAUUGCAAGAUGUGUAUGAUCCUGCGUCUGUUAUGCAAGCGGAGAAGUCAGCGAUGGAGACGGACGUACCUGCAGAGGCGGAAUCUGCGAGCAGACCCCAUCCAUUCGCAAAAGUGAACGGCGUUGCGCCAGGAAGCCCUGCAGCGGUUGCAGGAUUACUAAGGGAGGAUCUUCUUGUAUCCUUCGGGCAUCUAACGCGAUCUUCGUUCUCCUCGUCUUCGUUGCAACCUUUAGCGGAACUAGUGACCGCACAUGAAAACCGCGAGCUCACUGUUGUAAUAUUGCGCCAAGAGGAGACCGUGACGCUGAGUUUCACACCUAGGAGCGGUUGGGGGGGACGCGGAUUACUGGGAUGCCAUAUCGUACCCUAUUAG